CGCGCGGUAUAGCUCCUCAUUUUACAUCCUGACAUUUACAGCUCAGGUAUUUGGAAACAACAUUCGAAAAGUCAUAUUAACUACGACGGCGAUGCAUACGAGUCCAGUAUCGUGCGAGAGCUGUGAUAAAAACAUUACCUAAGUGAUACUUUUACUAACUCUUACUUUUUGUGCGGAACAUGACUGAAAACACCAGUACCAACGAUCUUACCGACUCGAACAUACGUCUCACAGAGCGCAUCAACCACUCAUGGCGGGAACAGUCCAAGGCUUUUAUAAAACGAAUCAAGAAUUUCUUCAAAGAAAUCACAGUGGAACCAUGUGUUUUUAUUUACUACUUCUGUAUCCAGCUAUCCUCGUUGACUGUUCAGAAUAUGCAUUUGGAAAAGUCAUGCAGAGUAAAUUACCAAUUCGGAGACGAAAUAUGCAACAGAAUCAGAGAUCGGAACACUACUGGACUUGAAUAUGAAUUGAAUCAAGUUCAAAGUUUAGUUGCUAAAGUUGUAGCUUGGAAAUUUCCCCUUCAGACUGCUAUACCGGCUGUGAUGGUGUUAUUCGUUGGAGCAUGGAGUGAUAAGACGAGAAAACGAAAAAUUUGUGUCCUUAGCCCUAUCUUUGGUGAAAUAUUGGUGAACAUUGGAUUGCUGUUAGCUACUUAUUUUUUUUAUGAACUGUCUCUGUUUGGAACAGCGCUAUUGGAAGCCUUACCAGCUGCAUUAUCUGGAAGCUACAUAAUUGUAUUUAUGGGAAUGUACGCUUUUUUAACAGACAGAACUACUCUAGCAAAUAGAACGUAUCGUUUAGGACUUGCUGGUAUGUGUAUAUCCUUAGGAAAUCCUUUGGGGACCGCAAUGAGUGGCGUGUUGUUGCGUGCAUUAGGAUACUAUGGUAUGUUUUCCUUAGUACUAGGAUUGCAUAUCAUUGUCUUUUUAUAUGGUUUAUUUAGACUAGAAGACGUUUGUGCUGUUGAAGAACCAAGGUCUAGUGAAUAUGAAGGAAAAAAUGUAGUGUGCACAAAAAUACGUGAAGUGUUUGGACUCGUAGUAAAUACAGUGCUCGUUACCUUGAAGCCAAGAGCGUUUAUGGGGAGAACACAAAUAUUUCUUGUGCUUGUUUUAUAUCUAAUAAUGGUCGGGCCACUUUACGGCGAUUCUCAAGUGAGCUACCUUUACGCAAUAAGAAAAUUCAGCUUCGACGAAGUGGAAUACAGCAUUUAUGGCACCAUCAAUACUGUCCUUGGUUCUCUAGGAACCUUCUUCUGUAUAUCGUUUCUGAGUAAGACGAUGCAAGUACAGGACAGCGUUAUAGGUGCUCUCGCAGGUGUCAGCAGGAUAGCAGCAUGCUUCGUCUUCGCCUUCGCACCGAGCAGACCGUGGUACUAUUCAGCUCCACUGUUCAACAUCUUCAGCCAUACUGGAUUGAUUGCCAUAAGAUGUCUUGCUUCAAAGAGUGUACCCGUGGAAGAAAUUGCAAAAUUGAAUGCACUAAUAGGUGUAACAGAAGCUAUAGCUCCGUCCAUUUACAUGCCUACAUCGAGUUAUAUCUACGUGUCAACGAUAGAUUACUUCCCUGGUGCCUUUUAUCUGUUUGAUGCUGCUCUAACAGUUGUCGCUGUGGUGUUUUUUGUAUUUAUUUACGUCUUAGUCAAAAGAAGAAAUAGGAACGCCGUGAUAGAUUCUUGUCGUAAAGAAGAAUUUGUCAGAACUAAUGAAAUGUCGCGAUUCUAAUGAACUAUUUGACUGAUUUUAUUUAGCUAUAGUAUUUUCGAUUUAGAUUAAUGUAGAAUACGUACUGAUAGACGCAAAAUCUAAAGCGAAUUUAACGGGUAUAACAAC